AUGGAUGUGAAACAGCACGAAGAGCAAAAAAUAAACUUUGCGAAAACAAAAGCAAAGUUAGAAAACAUGAAACCGGAUCCUUCUAUAUCAAUAGAUGAAUUUAUUUCUAAAAUUCUUGUUUCAAAUGGAAGCAAAGAUAUACCUGGCUCACAUUCUAAUCCAGCCAAAGCAAACUCAGAAGUUAAAAACCCUUGCUUUGCCUCGAAUGUUGAAAGUCUUAAUAAUUCGGCUGAUUUCUGGGAUAAUUUUCAGUCUUCAUCUACCAUAACCCAGUCAAAUGAAGUUGAAAACCCUGUUAACGAUGAUGAUUUUGACGAAUUUACCUCAUUUUCACCCUCAUUUAUAUCAACUAACCUAAAACCUAUACCUGAAAUUAGCACCGAUCGUUCACAACCUCGCAUUCCAAACAAUGCCGUUUCCGUCGCUGUCAAUUUUACAAACGGUGACGUUUUUGAAGGUUCUCCUACGAAGGCGUCAGUCGUUGAACAAAUUGAAGUGCAACCACCUACGAUAACGGAGACUACAUUAGAUGAAGACGGAUUUGAAGAGUACUUUAAGCACUUCCAAGGCUGCUCAUUCGAAUCGGCUCCGUCUCCAAUUAUCCCACAUAAACAACCCCAAAAGGAACUCCCAACAGAUGGUUGGUUAAGGUGCCUGACUGAGAGUCGAAGCAUGCUUGACGAGUCCGCUUCGGCUUUAUCCCCUCUAGCCUCAGAUUCAGACACUGAUGCCUUUCUCUCAACUCCCCGUGGUUGUGACUUCAUCUACGAACUUAUCGAGAUCUAUGGCAUCUGUCAGAGAAUACGUCUCGCUGCUUCUAUCAGUAACGUAUCGGAUCCACGGUUACUGAAGAUUUUAAGUCAAAUCGAUCAAACCUGGAGUGACCUCGCAAAGUUUGUAAAAAGUAAUGAGCACAAACAAAUGCUAAAUUUGUGUUUGGCGGAGUCCAUAAAAGCAACUUCUGCUGUGGAUGCUUUGUCCGUGGAACCCAACUGUGGGGUAUGCGUUACUCCUGUAUCGCCUUCUAACAGAUUCGGUCCAGGAAGUGCCACGAUAUCCCUCGCUGGUCGGGUCUACCACGCUUCCUGCGCCAACCUCUGGGUCAACCGAAUUGAAUUCUCCUUGCCCUCCCUUCUUGCUCCUUGA